GAAAACAAGGACAUGAAACCUUCAGACAUAUUAAAGGACGCAUAGUGUGGUACAAAUUAUCCACAAUUUGCUACGCCCCUCUCUUUCCUCUUGCUCGGUUUCACUGCCCGGCCGGGGCCUUCUCGUCGGUUCACUUGUUAGCUCUCACGUUUGUAGCAGCAGAAUUGGACAGGCUAGUAGUGUUUAAUUUGUGCUAGCGCUAGCGCACACGAAGGAGAGCGAGCUCGAGAGCAACAAGGGCUUGCGUGUGCAUGGUUGGUGGGGGGAAUGGCUAGUGGCAGCAACUGGCUAGGCUUCUCCCUCUCCCCGCAAACGGCCGUGGAGGUGCCCUCCGCUUCUGAACCCGCUCCUGCCCAUCACGCUCCACCUGAUCCUUCCAGUACUAUGAUCUCCUCUUCCAGUACCAACAACGCCACCACUUCCAACUUCCUCUUCUCACCGAUGGCCGCUCCCUAUCCUGGUUACUACUGUGUGGGCGGCGCGUAUGGCGAUGGCACCAGUGCUGCCGGCGUCUACUACUCCCACUUGCCUGCUAUGCCCAUCAAGUCCGACGGCACCCUCUGCAACAUCGAAGGCAUGAUGCCGUCGUCCCCGCCGAAGCUAGAGGACUUCUUGGGCGGUGGCAAUGGCGGUGGUCAAGAAACGGCCACCUACUACAGCCACGGCCAGGAAGAGGGGGCGAGCAGGGAUUACCGCCAGUACCAGCACCACCAGCUCGUCCCCUACAACUUCCAGCAUCUGACGGAAGCAGAGAUGCUCCAAGAAGACGCGGCGCCAAUGGAGGAGGCGAUGGCGGCGGCCAAGAACUUCCUCCUGACGAGCUACGGCGCUUGCUACAGCAACGGGGAGAUGCACCCUCUGAGCCUGUCGAUGAUGAGCCCCGGGUCCCAGUCGAGCAGCUGCGUCGGUGCGGCUCCGCAGCAGCAGCUGGCCGCUGUAGCCACUGCUUCCGCGGCGGCCGCAGCCCAGGGGCGCAGUAAUGGCGAUGGUGAGCAGUGCGUCGGGAGGAAGAGAGGCACCGGGAAGGGAGGCCACAAGCAGCAGCCGGUGCACCGCAAGUCCAUCGACACGUUUGGGCAGAGAACCUCCCGUUACAGGGGCGUCACCAGCAGGCACAGGUGGACUGGGAGAUAUGAAGCCCACCUCUGGGACAACAGCUGCAGAAAGGAUGGGCAGACUAGGAAAGGCAGACAAGUAUAUCUAGGUGGUUAUGACACCGAAGACAAGGCCGCGAGGGCUUAUGAUCUGGCUGCUCUGAAAUAUUGGGGUCCAGCUACUCACAUCAAUUUCCCCGUAGAGAACUAUCGAGAUGAACUUGAGGUGAUGAAAGGCAUGACAAGGCAAGAAUAUGUUGCGCAUUUGAGAAGGAGAAGCAGUGGAUUUUCUCGAGGCGCUUCCAUCUACCGAGGAGUGACAAGGCAUCACCAGCAAGGAAGAUGGCAGUCUCGGAUUGGAAGGGUUGCUGGAAACAAGGAUCUAUACCUCGGCACUUUCACCACUCAAGAAGAAGCAGCUGAGGCUUACGACAUAGCUGCCAUCAAGUUCCGUGGCUUGAACGCGGUGACGAACUUCGACAUAACAAGAUACGACGUCGACAAGAUCAUGGAGAGCAACACGCUGCUGCCCGCGGAGGAAGCACGCAAGGUCAAGGCGAUCGAGGCGGCUAACAAUGCUCCUAUGAUGCAGCACAACGGUGGCAGGGAGCUCAACCCAGCCGAGGAAACAAGCGCAGCCUGGAGGAUGGUGCUCCAUGGUUCUCCCCAGGAAGCUGUGCAUUGCCCAGAAGCAGUUGAUCUCCAGAGGGCAAUCAUGAGCAACGACUCUCAGCAUCCCUCCCUGCAUGGCAUCGUUGGACUUGAUCAUCACCUCGGCGUUCCUGGCAAGACGUCUGGGAGCAUCAAUUUCUCCAACUCGUCCUCGCAGGUGACAAGCCUGGGAAACUCCAGGGAGGGGAGCCCCGAGAGGCUGGGCCUGGCCAUGCUCUACGGCAAGCAGCCGAGCGCCGUAAGCCUGGCCACCAUGAGCCCCUGGAUGCCGAUGGCGGCACAGACAGUGGCCCAAGUGCUGAAGCAGCCGAACGUCGUCUCUCAUCUGCCUGUCUUUGCCGCUUGGGCAGAUGCCUAGUUGAGGGAAUUGGAGCUUAAUUAGCAGCUGCUCAACCUUGCUCGCCACUGCUGUUUUUUGUAGACUGAAGCAAAGGUUUAGCAGCACCAAGUUAGGUAAACUAGCUGGAAUAGCGAGGUUCGUUAGUUAACCACGAUGGAUGUUGUAAUGGUAUGCAGUAGAAGAUAGGCCUUAAUUAGUUUACAGCUUAUGCACAAUCUUAGUAGUAGUGGACUGGUGGCGGUGGUAGCGUUCUUUUGAGCCUUUUUUGGGUGACAAAUUGGUUAGAAUAUGUACUACUAGUAUGGCUUCCUUUGAACGUUACAUGAAACAAGGCUGUUGCGAGAAAAAGGGAAAAGGUUCACGAAAUGAGAU